AUGGUUCCCAUCAAUGCUCCAACCGAGGAAUCUACAGCGAGAAGUCGUGGUCGAGGCAGGGGAAGAGAAAGAGCUAGAGGUAGAGGCCGAGGAAGAGUGGAGCCUACUAGAGAUGGGGUAUCGAUCGAAAAUGCUCCCCAAAAUGAGGCCUCUCCGUACAUCAUAAAGAGAUUGAAGAGAAUAUUAAGGUUGAAAAUGGAGGAAGUUGGACAAGAAGAAGAAGUGCAGGCUGAGACUACCGGUGUUCCUCCAAUAGAACCAGUGCUAGCCCAACAAAUCAUGUCGUUCUUGAAAGGGUUGGUUGGUCCUAGGGUUAUGCCUUUCCGGGCAAGAAUGAGGUCGAGGCAUGUUGAGGUUGAAGCUCCAUCUAUUGAGUGUAUUUCCGGGGUAUCAAAAUUUAGAGAAGUGUUUCCUACUGAUUUGCCUGGUAUGCCUCCCGAUAGAACUGGUGCUUGUCCCAUUUCCUUUCCUCCAUAUCGCAUGGCCCCAACAAAAUUAAGAGAGCUUAAGGCUCAAAUCCAAGAGCUUCUCUAUAAGGGAUUUAUUCGUCCUAGUUCUUCCCUAUGGGGUUCUCCAGUUUUGUUUGUUAAGAAAAAGUAUGGUAGUAUGAGAAUGUGUAUAGAUUACUGA